AACUCCCAAGUUCUAUUUUCUUACGUUUCGUAUGAAAUUAAGCAAUACGUGUUUCCAAAAGUUAAAAUAGGAAAAUUAUAAAAGGAUUAUAUAAGUGGAAUGCAAUUUAACAAAAAAAUUCAAUCAGCAAACAAAAAUUGGAAAAAAAGUGAAAAAAAACCUUCUCCUCGCAAAAUUUUUUCGAUUGUGUUCUAGAGAGAGAGAACAGAGGAAGAAAAGAUGGCAGAAGAAUCUGAAAAGCGGUUCGAGGCAAUUAUGAACAAGCUCUUCCACUCUCCUCCGAAACCCAAACCUAAUUUUAACGGCACCAGUAGGCAUGGAGUUCAAACGUUAAGCGGACGAAAGCGGCUGCAUUCAUCUUCGUUGCGGGGAGGCAAUGUGGUCCAGGAAACAGGUAGCUCUUCAGCUCAAGGGCCUCUCUGCAGACCUUGGGAUCGUGACGAUUUGCUUCGGAGGUUGUCCACUUUCAAGUCUAUGUCCUGGUUUGCUAAGCCACAGGUGGUGAGCCCUUUGGAAUGUGCUAGGAGGGGUUGGGUUAACGUAGACACGGACACAAUUGCCUGUGCGUCAUGUGAUUCACGCCUCUUCUUUUCUACGCCAUCAACAUGGACACGACAACAAGUUGAGAAAGCAGCCAUGGUAUUCAGCUUAAAGCUGGAAAGUGGUCAUAAGUUACUAUGUCCAUGGACUAAUAGCGCCUGCGAGGAAGAACUGGCUCAGUUUCCAACUUUAUCAAGGGAUGGUUUGAUUGAGGAUUACAAGAAACGGGUUUUCUCUCUAUCGCAGCUAACAGCCCUUCCAGUUAUCUCACGUGCGGCCAUUGAUAACAUGAGAAGCUCUGAGCUGGAGAAAUUUCUUAGUGAAUCAUCAGCUUCAGGGCACCACGAAACUCUUCCAGAGCUCACAGAAGAUGUACCCGAGUCACUUUCUUCUGUCUUAUAUUAUCAGGCACAAAAGCUCAUAAGUUUAUUUGGCUGGGAACCUCGUAUUAAACCUUAUAAAGUUGACUUCAAGGAUGGACAGAAUCAAUCCGUUGAAGACGCCGGUGGUAUUGCUACAACUGGACAAAAGCCGAAAGUAAACGUCUAUUCUCUUUUAACUAGUGAGGGCACCAAUGCUUCAAGUGAUCCUGAGUUUGAUCCUAGCUCUGUUGUGCUGGAUUGCAAGCUAUGUGGGGCUAGUGUUGGAUUAUGGGCUUUCAAAACAACCCCACGGCCUUUGGAGUAUUUAAGAUUUGUUGGACUUACAGAAGUUACCGAUAAAAGUAUCACUAUCCAUGAUGAAGGUUCUUCAGGUACUGUUUCGACUGCUUCGACAUCAUCAGGUUUCACUAUUGCUGGCGGUCCUCCACCUGCGAUGCUGAAAUAUGGUGCAACCAUAUCUGUACCCUUAAUUGGCCAGAAUCUGAGAGCACGAUUGUCAGUAGAAAAUGAAACUAACAAUGCCGAAGGAACUUCUGAUUUCACUGCCAGGAACCUGUUAGAAGUCCUUCAAUCGGUGGGAGAAGAUUCCAUUUCUAACGUCGACUUAUCGAAAACUGGGACAGCAUUUAAUGCAGAAGUCGCAGAUCAUCAUAAGUUUGAUAAUGCUCAAGAGUUCUCAUGCUCAUCACCCAAGGAAAACACCCCAAGUAGAGAGAGUGGAGGAGUGAGUGAGCCUGUUAGAGAAGAGAUGGUUGAAGCUGGAAACCAUGAACAAGGCAUUCCGAGUAACUCCCUAGAUAACCCUACAACAGGGCUAUCUGUGAAGCACAAAGCUGCCUCCUUUAGCAUAAGAGAGGAUAAAAAGUUACCAUCUUUAUACGAUUCGAUGGAAUUUGAUCCAGUCAAGCAGCACAGGCACUUUUGCCCGUGGAUUAUCUCUACUGGCAAAUUUGCUCCGGGAUGGAAACAAACAUUAUCUGCUUUAGAAGGGCACAAGGAGCACAUCAAUAUGCCUUCAUCUAACUUAAUUGAGGUUGAUGAUCCAGUUACAUCAGUGCGAAAUCUUUUCAGAAGUCCAAAUGAGAAAAGAACCAAGUUUUCUGGUGGAAGCGCCUGAUACUCUAAUUGAUAGGCGCGUAAAAAACCUGACGGUAUGGCUUUUUUUUUCUUUUUUUUUUUCUUUUUCGAACCACAUUUCUAUUGAGCUGUUGAGGAAUGUAGGAUGAAGGGUGUAAGAUAUUUCUGCUCUCGACAGAGUAUACAUGAGAUGAUGAGAUAUCAAUCUCAUACGGCACCUUGUUCGUUUAUGUAGAAUUAUCAUUACAUAAUUUAUCUUAAUUGAAUUGCAAUUAACUCAGGCCGGUCUUCUUUACUGAAAAACACUGAGCCGAAUGCAAAAUGUAUUUUGUAAAAAUACGUAUUUUCUCUAUCAAUAGAAUAUUUGGAA